UUCCGCCUAUUAGGGCUGGACUGGAUAGGGGAGAAACGUGUGCGAUCCCUUGAUCCCGGGGUGAUUACCUAGGUAAUUUUCGCUGAGCGAGGCGGCGGCGGCCUGAGUACCACCUAAACGUUGACAGCGAAUGGAAAAAGCCGAUCUUAGCCUGGUCGACAUCUCCCUAUCGAGGUAUAUAGUGACCUUUAGCGAAGAGUCAAGAGUCCAAUUGCUUGUGGGCCACGCCAUAUUCCGCCGACGACGACUUCAUAUUCCCCGACUUUGCGUGUUUGGUUUUCCGCAGCGCAUAACCCGGGACACAGCCGAUCCAAGAUGGCACGAACUGGCGGCGAACAACCGUACUUCGACAAUAACGGCGCCGGAACACAUGAGCAGAUGAUGACCGAAGUACCGUCAGCCUUCAGUCCCGGCGGCAGUCUGAAAAGUCUUGGCAUGCCCGAACACGCCACUUACUCCGAAAAUCAAACCACUUCAAUCCAUACCACACACCAGCAAAACGGACCGAGCUUCCCCUAUCCGAACUUCGCCUCUUCAGCCCGGCAAACCACGCUUCCAACUUCUCCAACCUUCCCUGUGGCGACAGCGUCAUAUCACGUUCCGACUCCUGACCACCCCACGCAGCCUCUUUACUAUCAGCAAGGGGCUGGGUGGGAGCAACAACAACUACCAUCCACGAGCGCCGCUGCUCUGUACAACCGCGAACAUUCGGCGGUUUCAGCACCUCCGGGCUCGACGCCCUACGAAUUCGCGCCAUCGCAUGAUAUCUCGGAUUCCUACCUCGGUGGCGGUAGUAUUUACGGAUCGCCACCUAUUCUCCAGAGUCCAAUACAACCCGGGUUUGGGUUCUCGUGGGCGAACGGUUACCCGCCAAACAGCCUUGGACCGAACACGCCUUCUCGAGGAGCUGUAGCAUCACCGACUGCGAGAACAUUUGGAUCAAUCAGCGCGCCAUCCGAAACUGGGUUCUCGGAUAACUCAGACGGCGUCACUUACGCAAACAUCAAUGAGAGAGCCAAUCAGCAGCAGCAGCAACAGCAGCAGCAACAUCGAUGGGUCCAAACUACUACCGAGUUGAUCGAAGGAUGCAACAAGAGCGAGGACGGUCCGUGGGAUAAUGGCAAAAAGAAGGCGUCUAGCCAGAUCAUGACACCGAUAUCUCGCGGGUCACCGUUCAACGCAGCCGCAGCAGUGCCAGCAGUACCAGGAGGUGCUGCCAAGACCGCGAAAGGGACCGCGUCUGCGACUGCCGCCUUCAGCAAGAACAAAGGAAAACUGCGAAGCGCCUCACGGGCUCCCAAGAACAUCCAACCGCGACCGGAAGAGACGCCAGAAGAGCGAAAGUCGCGCAACUCGCAUAAUCUGGUCGAGAAGCAGUACCGCAACCGGCUCAACGCCCAGUUCGAGAGGCUCCUGGCGGUGCUCCCAGACUCAUUGCGCUCAUCGAUGACCAUGAUCGGCGGCGUCAACGGCAAUGGCGGUGGUAGCGUCAUCCCGGGCCAACACCCUUCGCUUGACUUCGGUAUUGAGCGGCGUCUGAGCAAGGCGGAGGUGUUGGAUAUGUCGACGCGGUACAUAUUAUCGUUGGAGAAGGAACGGGAUACGCUCGAGAGGGAGAAGGAGCAGUUGAUGCAUAGCAUUGAUCAACUGAGGCAUGAUCAUGGUCAGCAUGGGCAGCAUGGUCACGGUGGUGAUAUGUACAUGGUGGAUAGGAACGGGAUACCGAUAGGGCAUGGGCAUAUGAGAGGAGUUGGAGGUUGAUUCAACCCGGUCUCCUGUUUCUCUUUCGUCGAGAGCUGUAUAAACCUUUUAUGGCGUUUCUUUUUUUCCAUUCAACACAACACACAAAAAGGCGUUAUAAGAGGGAAGAGGGUUUAGAAUGUUGCGCUUUGAGAGGCAAAAAUAAUUUCCAGAAUUGUUGAUACACAUGUUUGUUUUCUCUACCGCUCGCUUAGAGCGAAAGC